GACCCUUCAUCGUCCGGGCUUCAGCACCGCAGACGGAGACCAGCAGAGACCGGCAGCUGUUUGAGAAGGAGCCAGAACACAAACCUUUUGAGGGGACCGGUCUGCUCUGAGUGUGUUCACAAAGUAGAGCCUCAGUCAUGGCAAGGCUCAUCAUCUCCCUCCUGCUCCUGUUUGGAUUCAGAAACAGGCUCGGCCUGUCUACCUCGGAGGCUCAAAAGGAAGCAGAAGCCAACGACGACAGCACGGUCUUCACGAGGAUCCUGGACGGGCUCUUGGAUAAUUACGACAACAGGCUGCGUCCGGGGUUUGGAGAAAACGUCACGGAGAUCAAGACGAAUAUUUUCGUCACUAGCUUCGGCCCCGUGUCGGACACGGAGAUGGAAUACACAAUCGAUGUGUUCUUCCGCCAGAGCUGGAAGGACGAGCGUCUGUGCUUCAAAGGGCCCAUGGAGAUGCUCCCGCUCAACAACCUGCUCGCCAGCAAGAUCUGGACCCCCGAUACCUUCUUCCUCAACGGCAAGAAGUCCAUCGCUCACAACAUGACGACACCCAACAAGCUGCUGAGGCUGCAGGACGACGGCACCUUGCUUUACACAAUGAGGAUGACCAUCAACGCAGAGUGCCAGCUGCAACUCCAUAAUUUCCCGAUGGACGAACACUCCUGUCCGCUUGUCUUCUCCAGCUAUGGCUACCCGCGAGAUGAGAUCGUGUACAAGUGGGACCGAAACUCCGUGCAGACGUCGGAUCAGAAAUACUGGAGGCUGUACCAGUUCGACUUCAUGGGGCUUAGGAACAUUUCAGGCGUGCAGAAGACGACUUCAGGGGACUAUGUCUUGAUGACGGUGUACUUCGAUCUCAGCAGAAGGAUGGGCUACUUCACCAUCCAGACCUACAUCCCCUGUAUCCUGACUGUUGUGCUCUCCUGGGUGUCCUUCUGGAUCAAGAGCGACGCCACGCCUGCAAGAACAGCUCUAGGUAUCACAACAGUUCUCACCAUGACCACCCUGAGCACAGUUGCCAGGAACUCACUACCUAGAGUGUCUUACGUGACAGCCAUGGACCUGUUCGUCACCGUCUGCUUCCUGUUUGUCUUCGCUGCUAUGAUUGAAUACGCCAUGCUGAACUACUGCUCCUACAGCAUCCCCAAACCUCCUGCCAAGAGACACAAAAUGCAAUCAGUUCUGUGCGAGAGCCUGAAGGCCUACUCAUCUUUCAACAUGGGUCACACCCCUCGGCCCAUGAUGCCCAUGGGCAACUCCCUGCUGUGGCACAACUAUGAAGACAACUGCCUGUACGAGUGCCUGGACGGGAAAGACUGUGCAAGCUUCUUCUGUUGUUACGAAGAAUGUAAAGAAGGCGGCUGGAAGAAAGGACGGAUCCACGUCAACAUUCGUGAGCUGGACACGUACUCCCGCGUUUUCUUCCCCACCUCCUUCUUGCUCUUCAAUAUAGUCUACUGGGUCAGUUACCUCUACCUCUAGUCUGUCUGCACUCUGCUGAAACAGCCAGAGUCCCCGCCACUUUGCGCUUUGGUUUAAGAUCAAAUAUACGUGUGGAUGAGGAAAUGAGAUGUUAAAAGAUGUGCUGCCUUUGGAACGGUAGGAGUAUUAAGUACU